AUGGCGAUCAAACCGCUGCUCUCGAUGAUCACGAAUGUGACGGAAAUCAACAAUGGAUACCCGACGCCCGCCCACUCUCCUACGCAGGGCGAGGUGACGUGCUGGAUGCUGGACACGAGGAAGCUAUGGCCGGGGGACAACAUCUUGACGGCGAAAGGCGCGGCGGAGGCAAUGUCGUUGAUCACGAUCCAGGAGCAGAAUGCCAUCCGGCAGAAGAUGUUUGUGGCGGAUGCGAGGAUGAGCUUGGGGUCCGCGUUGAUUAAGCGGGCGUUCAUCAGCCAGACGCUGGGUAUGAAGUGGAGGGAUGUGCGGAUAGCACGGAAGGGGCACGCGAAGCAUGGCAAGCCGUGUGCGGUGGACGCUGUCGGACGACCGAUCGCCGGCAUCGACUUCAACGUCUCGCACCAGGGUGGUUUGGUGGUGCUGGUCGGCUACAACGGCCGCGAGAACCACGAGUUCACGCCUUCCGGCAUGGUCUACGGCAUGAUCUCGCCUACGACCAACACGGACGACGUCACCUGCGCCGUCGACAUCGUCUGCGUCAACGAGCGCGACGACUACCGUACCAUCGACUCCGAGGGCCUGGACGGCUGGGUCGACAUCUACGACUCCCUCUUCUCCGACGAGGAGCGCUGGACCAUGAAGUACGACGUCGACUACAUCACCCUCCUCGACGGCACCACUCUGCACCGCGAGGACAUUGGGCGCCACGACCGCUGCAUCUGCCGCAACAAGGAGAUCGCGCUCACCACCCCGCAAGGCCACGAACACUGCUUCAACUCGGACAUGAUCCUGGACGCCAAGCUCCGCCGCUUCUACACUUACUUCUGCUACAAGGAAGCCUACAUCAAGCUCUCCGGCGAAGCCCUCCUCGCACCCUGGCUCAAACAGCUCGAAUUCUUCAACGUCCGCUCCCCGCGCCCCGGUACCCCCGCCCGCUGCUCCACGCACGGCAGCUGGGGCGAGGCGGUGGAAGACGUCAGCGUGCACCUGCACGGCAAGCCCGUGCAUGACGUGAAGAUGAAGAUCCAGGGCUUUGAGGAGAACUUUAUGAUCUCCGUCGCGAUGCAAGGGGAUCUGCAAGGGCUGGCGUUCCCGGCUUUCAAGUCGCUGGAUUUGGAGGCGGAUAUUUUGGCGAAUACGCCGAUCCGGCAGACGCUGGCGCCCGCGAAGGUGCUGCAUCAGCGGGUUGUGUCGGAGCCGCCGCCGUAUAUGCGGACGGGGGAGCGGUUGUUGACGAGUCCGUUGGUGCAUGUGAGGGAUGUGCCAAAUGUGAAUGAGAAUCCUUAUUUGUAUGCGCGGGAGGUGCCACUUUGCCUGAUGUGA